AUGAUCACUCGUCCCAAUAUCCGGAUCCGCGAGGCCACACCGGCUGAUGUUGAUACCAUAGUCGAUGUUUACUUUGCGGCGUUUGACGACAAUGUCAUGAACCAGCUCAUGUACCCCCGCGGGGUUUCCGCCGAUGCAAGAAAGAAGUUUGGCGCCAAGUUUCUUUCACAGCCCACUUCUAAAGAUGCCGGGCAGAACACCACGGCAAAGGGGCAGAACUUCGUCUACGUUGCCACUGACACCUCAGGGGAAAUAGUCGCCUUUGCAAAGUGGCUACUUCAGCGUGAACCCCGCCCGGAGGAGGAAUGGAAAAAAGAGGACUUCACUGCCACAACCGAGGGAUGGGGUGAGGGCUGCGAUCUUGGCGUCGUGGAUCGCUUCAUUGGGUUGAUGAACAGGGCCCAAAGCGAGCAUGCAAAAGGCGAAGCAGCCCUGUAUCUCAGCAUUCUUGGUUGCAAUCCCACCAGGCAACGUUCAGGGGCUGGAUCUGCCCUGUUAGAGUGGGGCGUCAACCUUGCCGACAGCCUUGGGCUCCCUUGCCGGCUCGAGGCGUCCCCGGUUGGCUACGGUCUUUACAGGAAGUUCGGCUUCGAGGAUGUUGGAGUGGUAGACGUUAAUAUCAGCGAGAACUGGGGCGUAACAAACACGAACGGGGACAACUGGGGGGCAAACAACGCGAUCCUUUUGGCCGGUCCACUGGCUGACGGGGCUCAGCGCACCGUGAUCAUGAGGCGGCCUUGCAAGCAGGCCAGGCUGUUUCCCAUUUCUGCCCGACCGUUACACCAGAGGGCGGUUACCUGCAGCCAGAUUAACCGCGAUCUCAUUGGCAACCGAGCCGCCGGCCCCUUGCAACCCAUCACAAUGCGGAGUUACCUGGCUGCCUCCCAAAUCCCAAAGGCAGCAACACGACUGUAUCACCAAACGCCGGAGGAGGGCCGAUUCUCCUCUUCUACUCUCGUCGCAACUAGUCCGAGCGCGUCCUCCGAAACUGGUUGCGAGUGCUCUUGCAAGAUGGACCCCGUCAGCGCCGCGGCUAACAUUAUUCAAAUAAUAAACGCCGCGAAUAAGACACCCUCGCCCGCCACCAUGGGGCCGCUUGACGGGUGCCGAAAAGUCAUUGCGGAACUGGAAGAUAUCCUGCCGCCAGAGACUAUGCUCGCCACUGAGUCUAAAAGGAAGGCCAUCUUGACGGCCCUGUCCUGGCUCACGAAAGAAUCCCGCGCUAGGACGCUCCUUGACGAGCUAGCGCAUUACAAGAGCACCAUCUCGUUGGCGCUUACUACCGAUUCCUCGCUAGAUAUCAAAGACACCAAAGCCAACACCGAGAGGAUCUACGCUGCGCUCACUGAUGUACAACAACAACAUGUUUAUAACUGGCUGCACGCAACCGACCCGUCCGCUCUACACGAGAAGUCCUGCGGCACAUACGAACCAGGCACGGGCGAAUGGCUGUUCCGGUCGCCCGAGUGGGAGUCGUGGCUUGAGGAGAAGACGCGUUGCCUUUGGGUUCAUGGAAUCCCUGGCGCAGGCAAAACCAUCUUUGCGUCUCACCUCAUUGAGACCCUCAAAUGGCACCAUAAGCUCAGCUCACCAACCUAUGCCUUGGCCUACUACUACUGCUAUUUUGGCCAUGGCCAAGAUGAGACAGUGCCGUUCCUGAGAUGGACCCUUCUCGAACUUUGUCGGAGACUUGGUCGAGUCCCGACGGCCGUGUAUGACUUGUACCGUCACGGCGGUAACCCCACGGCCCACAGUUUGCUCCAAACAUUGGAAAAGGUUGUUGAGGCGUUCGACAAAGUCUUCAUAGUUGUUGACGCUGUGGACGAGAGCCUGCACCGCGAAAACCUACUUCGAGUCUUACAGAAUCUGGCCACCGAUACACGUUUCAAUAACAUCCGCAUUCUAGUCACAAGCCGGGAGUACAUCGACAUCGAGGAAGUCAUGCUGGACGUUGCAACACCGAUCUCCAUGCGGAACUACCUGCUUGACGAGGACAUUGCUCUCUACGUGAGAGCCAAGCUUGAUGGUCAUUCCAGGCUCAGGCGUUGGCCACCACAUUUCCGGGACCAGGUUUUCGAAGCACUCACGACGAAAGCGAAUGGGAUGUUCCGCUGGGUUGUGUGCCAAAUUGAUGCAAUACAACGCCUUAAGCCAGAAACUCGCAUCAUCAACACGGCGUUGGCCAACUUGCCAAAGGACUUGGACGAAACAUACGAGCGUGUUUUCCUGCAGAUCCCCGAGGACGCUCGGGUAUUUGUCAAGCAUGUGCUUCAAUGGAUGUGCACGCAUUUAACGAUUCAUAAAUCAAUCGCCGAGGUGCAGCCUAUCACGACAGUCAGCCUUUGUCCGGUAUACGUCCCCAACGGAGAAGAUAUCCCAUGCGAUGUGCUCUUCGCGGCCGUUCAGAGGAGCCUUGCUGAAGACGAUUCAUGCGAUCCCAUGUUCCUUGAUGGCUACGUAUUGGACGAGGAACUUCUUCGCGAGUACUGUGGUUGCUUGGUGACGCUGAACACCGACACAAUACGGGACAGAUCAGCAACCGGGGAUAACACCAUCGUCUCAUUCGCGCACUACACCGUCCUGGAAUUCUUGGAAUCGCCUCGAAUGCGCCGUGGCCCCGCCGCCUCCUUCGCCCUGGACCGGGAACAAGUUCUUAUCGACCACAGCAAAAUCUUGCUUCUUGGAGCCGCUAGCACGUCUGACCGGUGGAGCGAGGACUGGCCUGAGAUACGGGGACCUGACUACUAUUUUGAUUUUGAACGAUAUUGCGCUCAUUCGGCGGUGUUGUUCUUGCAUUGGCACGCUAGGAUGGCCAACUCUUGGAAAGAUUUUAGCUGGGUAACUCCCGCCGCGCAGCUAUUGGAAGCGUCAGCACCGCCAUCCCUGGGAAGCUAUUUCUGGUUCACCCAAGACAUUCUCGCCGCGUUGGAAAACCCAAUAACACCAUCGAUCAGCGCGUUUCGCCAAAUCCACAAACUCAGAUCCCUCUCGCCCCCAACCGAAUCUCAUCUCGAGACCCUCGCCCGUAUGUUUCAAAUUGACGGGACAGGUUAUCUGGCUCGUUCCCUGCUCGCCAGCCUUGGAAGGACAGGUAGCGAUCUUGCUUGCCAGCUCGACGUUGAGUUUCAACCCGGUGCGUUUUACACGGAACUCAACAAGCCUUCAUAUUCUUGGACUGCCCAAGAGGAGCAGGAAAUCAACUCUCUUAGUAACCAAGUCCUUCGUUUUCGGGGUUCUGUCAUUGAGUUUUAUGCGCAGUUACCGAAUCUCGGUUGGACACACCAGGGCCUUUAUGAAAUCCUUGAUUUCGCUGCGGGCCACUUCGAUCCCUCAACGAUUCUGCUGUAUGUUACUGCGAAGCACCAGCACGUCGAAAACACGUCGGGGUUUACGUGUUGGGGCUGCUUGUCCAUAACAAAGUUGCUACGGCUUGGUGCCAGAGCGACGGCCCCUGGAUACGCUAUUGGGGCACUACAGUUUGCAGUCGCAAAGGUCGAUAUUCCAGCAGUGAGGCUGUUUCUUGACGCUGGCCUUGACCCAAACGACACGGGGGAUGCAUGUGGCGAGAUUGGAAGCGCCGAACGAGGCCCCCUCUUCAAGUACCUCCGAUUAUUUCGCGGCAGAAGUCCUUUAAACAUUGCUAAACAGCAAGGGACCAAGCAAUUACCGACCAUAAAUAUGCGUAUUCAGGAGAUUUGGUACGAGACCCGCCACCCGAACAAGGAGACGGCUGGAGCAGUUGCGGCGCUUCUGAUUCAGUAUGGGGCGAAAGAUUUUACUUCUUCCCCCGAUAAUGACUUCUCGUUUGCUGCGGGGAUGGGUGCGUUGAGCAUUACAGAGGAUGAAGGCACGAAUAUGAUGCCUCAGGGCGGACUGGGGGCUAUUUCAAUCUCGUCGUGA